AUGAUCCGUAUCCUGUUCGCUACCCUGCUGCUGGCCUCUGGGGCCCUCAGUUGUGAAACCGCCUAUCCGCCUGUCUUGACCAGAGUGGUUGGAGGAGAAGAUGCAUUCAGCUGGCCCUGGCAGGUGUCCCUGACAUACGCUGUCAAUGGUGGCUGGUAUCACACCUGUGGUGGAACCCUCAUUGCACCCAGCUGGGUCCUGACAGCUGCUCACUGCAUCAGCUCUUCUCUGACCUAUCUAGUGUUUCUUGGUCAAUUUGACCUAAGUGUUGCUGAAAAAGGAUCAAUUGCAGUCAAUCCACCAAAAAUCAUUGUCCAUGAAGGCUGGAACCCAAACAGUGUCGCAGACGGCAACGACAUUGCUUUGAUCAAACUCUCCCGGAGCGUUGCCCUGAGCAAUCAAAUCCAGCCGGCCUGCCUCCCUCCGGCAGACAGUCUCCUGGCCUCUGGUGUCGUCUGCUACGUAACAGGAUGGGGAAGGCUGUACACAAAUGGUCCUCUCCCAAAUAAACUGCAGCAAGGUCCAUUGGCUGUGGUGGAGUACGCCACCUGUUCCCUGCCUACCUGGUGGGGUAGCAUAGUGAAACGCACUAUGAUCUGCGCAGUUGGCAACGGGAUGAUCUCCAGCUGCAAUGGGGACUCUGGUGGUCCACUGAACUGCAGAGGUGCUGAUGGCAGGUGGGCAGUGCAUGGUGUAGUCAGCUUCGGCUCUGCACUAAGCUGUAAUUAUUACCAGAAACCCUCCGUCUUCACUCGGGUCUCCGCUUUCAACAACUGGAUCACUACGGUAAGGGUCUAG